UGCAGAACCAGUAGAAGACAAUUAUUGCAUCAGCUUUGUGGAAAUGAAAUUUAUUAACAAUACACUUUAUUUUGUAGCUGAAAAUGAUGGAUAAAAUCCAGGAAGUAAAAUUGCUGAGUUGAUGGAAGAGAGGGAAUGAUUGACUCGUGGAAAGUACGUUACACACAGAUGAAUUUAGCCUUAGAUACCAGAAGAGGCCCCCUUUUCACAUUUCCCUUGGGAUGAGAAGGGUAGAGGAAAUAAGAGGUGAUGCCAUAGUUAAGUUUGUAAGUGAAGUAGCAGGAAAUCAUUUGCUGAAAGUGAAAGCAGAGAUGAUAGUGUAGAGACACUGAGGAGAAUGAAGAAGGCUUGAAAUUGCAGCUAUGGCCUAUAGAAGAGAAUGCUGAGCUGGAAAAGAAGGUUUGUUAUUGCACCAAUUUGUACAUUUGUAUAUUUGGUUACCAGCAGUGCGUUCAGCAGCCAGGUUUAGAGUUCUGCAGUGGAAAGAUAAAUGAGUUUGGGAUUUAAGACAGUGGCAAAAGGGUAUAAAUGAUUAAUCAUGAGGUCCAGGCUGCAUAGAGAAGGAAGGGAAGACAGGAAGAAAAUCAAGAAUCAGAAAAACUAGAUAAAGUGAAAGAAAAGUAUUAAGGAGACUAAAAAGAUAGGAGAUUGUGGUCAAAAGCAGGAUAUUUGAAGAUUUAAAAAACAGAGUGGUUUUGAGUGAUAACAAGAAUCAAGGUGUCCCCUGGAAGUCCAUUUAAAAACACUGUACAAUUUUACCUUAGCUUCUAAUACAGAAAAUUGUGAUUGUUAUUGAAAAUGGAAUGUGUAGUAUGCCUAUUUGUAAAUUUGGAAAAAAGAUUUUUUUAAUGGGAUUUCAUGUGCAUUUUAGAAGACCUGGAAUCAGAUUACUUUGGCAAGCUUGAACCUAAGCUCUCAAUCAUACGAAAUUUGAACGACCAAGUUCUCUUCAUUAACCAGGGAAAUCAACCUGUCUUUGAGGAUAUGCCUGAUUCUGACUGUUCAGAUAAUGCACCCCAGACCAUAUUUAUCAUAUAUAUGUACAAAGACAGCCUCACUAGAGGUCUGGCCGUAACCAUCUCUGUGCAGUGUAAGAAAAUGUCUACUCUCUCCUGUGAGAACAAAAUUCUUUCCUUUAAGGAAAUGAAUCCUCCUGAUAACAUUGAUAAUGAAGGAAAUGACAUCAUAUUCUUUCAGAGAAGUGUUCCAGGACAUGAUGAUAAGAUACAGUUUGAGUCUUCAUUGUACAGAGGAUACUUUCUAGCUUGUGAAAAAGAGAAUGACCUUUUCAAACUCAUUUUGAAAAAACAAGAUGAUAAUGGAGAUAAAUCUGUAAUGUUCACUGUUCAAAACCAGAACUAGGUAUUAAAAUGGCAUAGUUUGAACUGUCUGAGUUUUUAUCCUUCAAUAAGAUUAUAAGUUUGAACCUGUAAUGAUAAUGAUAAAAUGAAUAAUGCUCUCAAAGAUGUCACUGAAAAAUUAAUAAUAAGUUUUUGAAAAAUUAAAUUGACUUCUUCUUGUCCAGGUGAAUAAAAUAUCUGUAUAGUGUAAAAAGAAUGCAUAGUUUGAAGACACAUUGUACAGUGUUAAUUGGAAAAUAGAUUAUAUUCAAUAGAAAUGUUUUGAAACUUUGGGGUAAUUGGUCCUAAUGAUGAAUAAAACUGAUACUUGAAUUUUCUAGUUUUCAAUAAGUGAUUAAAACCUUAAAGAUUUUAUAAAGAAACCA